CGUCUGUGGUGAGAAUGCGCCACGCAGGUGAUCGUCUUCUGGUAAAGUAGCUCCAUCGUCAAGAGCGGCCUUCUUUCCUUCUGUUGUAAUCGCGUGGGGGAUUCGCGAUGGGUGCAUAUAAGUAUAUGCAAGAAUUGUAUCGCAAGAAGCAGAGUGACGUGCUCCGCUUCUUGCUGCGUGUUAGAUGCUGGCAGUAUCGCCAGUUGACCAAGCUGCAUCGUGCCCCUAGACCAUCCAGGCCUGAUAAAGCUCGUCGGUUGGGUUAUAAAGCCAAACAAGGUUUUGUUAUCUUCAGAAUUCGUGUACGUCGUGGUGGACGCAAACGUCCAGUUCCGAAAGGUGCUACCUAUGGCAAACCAAAGAGUCAUGGUGUGAACCAGCUGAAACCUACUAGGAAAUUGCAAUCGGUUGCCGAGGAACGCGUUGGCCGCCGUUGUGGUGGAUUACGAGUACUAAACAGCUAUUGGGUAGCCCAGGACUCUUCAUACAAAUAUUAUGAAGUUAUUCUUAUAGAUCCUGCACACAAGGCAAUCCGUAACGAUCCUAAAGUGAACUGGAUAUGCAACGCAGUGCACAAACAUCGUGAACUUCGUGGCAAGACCUCUGCUGGUAGAAGCUCGCGCGGAUUAGGCAAAGGACAUCGUUAUUCGCAAACAAUUGGUGGCUCGCGUCGCGCCGCCUGGAAGAGGCGAAACACGCUAUCUCUUCGCAGGAAGCGAUAAUUAUUUUAUUUCUAACAUCCAUGUCUGCAUUGCAAGAUACAUCAUUCUGUUGGUGUACAUUAUAUAUUGUAUCAAUAUUAUGAUGUAUUUUGUAAUAAAAAAUAAAAAUCUCUUUCUUAAAAGUUGUAAAA